GCGCGCGCGCGGGGCAUGAUCGGGCGCGCGGCCGUUAGCGGUGCUCGUUUUGACAACUGUCCGCCACGCUGAGGUCUCCGCGGGCCACAUCGUCCACGUGACCCGGCCCCCGUUAGCGCGUUCGUCUCCUCAGACGGCACAGUCAUCACGCGGGGCGGCCGCCCGUGAAGUAGCUACCACGGCUUGUGUCAACGAAUAAAGCUCCGGGACAGCGGCGCCCUCGGCGACAGCUGGGUGGGCAGCCUGGGUGGCAGUGGUGAUUCGUAGCUUCCGUGGGGAGCGAGAGGCGGAAGCAACCUCCAGCCUGGCUCCGCACCAGCUGCCCGGCAGGCGUGACCUGAACCUGGUCUGGCAUGCGCGGAAUGCUCCUUGAGCCCCUCUUCUGGCUGUUACCUUCGGGGGACGGUUGUGGCCACACCGACACGUAUUUUCCAAAUAAAUCGUUUAUUCUUGCAGCGGCGGGGCCGAACACGUUACUAUAAUUUUAAUUUUCUCAGCAAGCAUUUACCCAACACUUUUAAACGGUGAAACAAUUUGGUAAGCGUUUUGAGUGAGCAUCCGCCGGAUUAGGAAGUCACGGACUGAGCAGCUUGCUUUUUACCACGUCCAUCCUCGACUGUUUUUGAAGAUUGUGCCAUCUUACAACUACCAGUGUGCACAGACUUCUACUCAAGUAACGUCGUGGUCCAGCGAUGCAAAGGACUGAAGUCUCAAGCUGGAAAAACCUGUGUUGUCUUCAUAAUAGUCCCAAAGAAUCCUAGAUAGGAAGGAAAGAAAGAAGCGAAUGAAGACUGUAAAAGAAACGAAGGAAUGUCCAAGAAUCAGAAGAGCUGCCAGGACUAAGAAGGUCACCCCGAAGACGCUAUCUUCGGGCCCUGUUUGCCUGCUAUGCCUUCAAGAACCUGGUGAUCCUGAAAAACUAGGAGACUUUCUUCAGAAAGACAGUCUUUGUGUGCACUAUUUCUGUCUUAUCCUAUCUAGCAAGUUGCCUCAGAAGGGCCAACCCAACAAAGGUCUCCAUGGAUUUAUGCCCAAAGACAUCAGAAAGGAAAUAGCCCGGGCUUCUAAGAAGAUCUGCUUUGUGUGCAAGAAAAAGGGAGCUGCUAUCAAAUGCCAGAAUGGUCAGUGUGCCAAAAGCUUCCAUCUGCCUUGUGGCCAAGAAAGGGGUUGCCUUUCACAAUUUUUUGGAGAGUACAAAUCAUUUUGUGGAAAACAUCGCCCAACACAGAACAUUCAACAGGGGAGUCUGGGGGAGGAAAGCUGUGUCUUGUGUUGCGAAGACUUAUCCAAAACAAGUGUUGAGAAUAUCCGGAGCCCAUGUUGUAGUCAAGCUAUCUACCACCGGAAGUGUAUCCAGAAAUAUGCCCACACAUCAGCGAAGCACUUCUUCAAGUGCCCCCAGUGCAACAACAGAGAAGAGUUUCCCCGAGAGAUGCUGAGAAUGGGAAUUCACAUUCCAGACAGAGAUGCUGCCUGGGAACUGGAGCCCGGGGCUUUUUCGGAACUGUAUCAGCGCUAUAAGCAUUGUGAUGCUCCCAUCUGUCUGUAUGAACAGGGCAGAGACAGCUUUGAGGAUGAAGGGCAGUGGCGCCUGAUUCUGUGUGCUACAUGUGGAUCCCAUGGAACCCACCGAGAGUGCUCCUCACUGAGACCCACCAGCAAGAAAUGGGAGUGCAGUGAGUGCUCACCUGCUCCAACCAUGGAUUAUGUAUCUGAAGACUCAGCUGACAUCCCCUGCUGCAGCAGUACCUUCCAUCCCCAGGAGCAUUUCUCCAGGGCCACCAACCCGGAAGAGAGUCCAGGCUCUUCUUGGACUGAGUGGAUACGACCUUCCCUAUCAGAAAAGCCCGAGUCCUCUGGUGGCAGAAGACGACGCUCCUGGAGAUCCAAAGGAGUCAGAGUCACUAAGAACUGCAAAAAAUCCAAGUAAAGCUUCAGAGGAGCUGCUGCCAAGGAUGGUGGAGUACCAGACAGCACUGCUGCAUCAGUUUGGAGAGGUAGCACUUUGAAACCAUGGGACAAAGGGGAACAGCAGUGAGAUCAGUAGCCAACAGCUGAGCGUAAGGGCUCCUCUGCUCUUCCUCCAGUUCUUUUCUCCCCUCACCAAAGACUCUUCUGCCCUAGAUGGUUUGCAUGUGCCUCCUCCUGCUUCACUUGUUUGUUAUUUACAAAUAAAGUUGUCUCUCCAGUGA